CACUGUCAUUACCAUAUCGUGAGGGGCUACCUCAUUUCGACGGAUUGCUACUGCAGUAGCAAACCGUUGCGAUGAGGUAGCCCGUCGCGAUCGGGUAAUGACAACAAUGAUGAAGUACUGUAGUGUGACCUCAUCAGUAUGCGACAGAUCCGUAUCAACAACACAGAAGCUAUAGAUAUCAUAUCCAUUAAACGAGAUUUAAUGCGUUCUGUAAGCUAACGAGAACAAGCGUCGUCACUUGUCGGCCGUUUUGCGAAGGGGCCAUACAACAAAUAUAGUACAACACUGUAUUCAGCGGAGCAUGUACAUUGAAAUAGCAAUAAAUUAGUAAAUUAUGAACCAAUUUUCAAACGGCUUUUCCCCCACAAAUGUCAGCGAUGCAGUAAAUUAACAGCAUACUGAAAUAUGAAAACAUGUUUACAACACAAAACAUGAAUCAUAACCACGUUAAUAAAAUCUGUCUGAAACAAAACGAUUUGUAAAUCCGUGAAAAAUUCAGGGUGUUAAAAGUAUUUUAGUGGAGAAAAUCACUCACCCUACGUCCGCUACAAUAGGGCCCGCCAUAGACGUUAUCCGACCUAAUAUGGCCGCUGGUUACUUAUGCCGCUGACUCCACCUUUAGAAAUGUAGCCUCGUAAAUGUGAUAUCUAUAACAGGAGCUAACUACAGUGCCGCACCGUGAUGAACUUUACUCAAGUCGGCUGUUGACAUUUGGGCCACCUGCUGCUGCCUCUGGGAUGGGCCAGCAGAUCUCAGGUCAGGCGGCCCGUCUCCCUGAGAAGCUGCUCAAACAUGCCAGCCUGGUGCGGGACAGCGGCUACCUCACCUAUGAGGAGUUUUUGGCCAGAGUCGCCGAGCUCAAUGACUUAGCUGCUAAACUGGCAUCAGGGCAGCACAAACACCUUUUAUUUGAGGUCCAACCGGGAUCGGACGCAACCGCCUUGUGGAAAGUGGCCGUUAGGAUCGUUUGCACCAAGAUCAACAAGGACAACGGCACAGUGGAGGCAUCGCGCAUAAUGAACCUGUAUCAGUUCAUCCAGCUGUACCGCGACAUGACUAGCCAGGCCUCUGGCGUGCUGGCGGCCGAGGGCGCCACCGCCCCUGAGGCUUCUUGCGCGCCACCUGUUGACGCCGAUGCCUGCCAGGCCAGCAUGUGGAUGGGCAGAGUCAAAGAGCUGACGGACGACGAGGAAUGUUGCAUCUGUAUGGACGGGAAGGCCGACCUGAUUCUACCGUGCACUCACAGUUUCUGCCAGAAGUGCAUCGACAAAUGGAGUCGCAACUGCCCCAUGUGCCGGCUGCAGGUGACCGCCGCCAAUGACUCGUGGGUGAUGUCCGACUUCCCCACUGAGAACGACAUGGCGGGAUACAUCCUCAAUAUGGCUGAUGAAGCGGGACACCCGCAUCGGCCUUGAUGCGAAGAGUAAACAAGUAAAAAAACACAUCAAAUUCACUGAACAUUCUCUAAUAAUUGCAAACAAGGCCAGGAGGAGGUUUGUGUCUUACUCCACUUUGCUCUAGUUCAUGGGACACUCUAACCUCCAAGGUGGAACAGCACCCAAACAAAUAUUAUAAGACUAUUUGUCAACGUUUAUGUAAAUGAUUGUAUGAGGUGAAUUUAAUUUAAAGUUAACGUUAAUCAACCAAUUAUUUAAUUAAAUAAAAUUGGUCUUUCUGCAAGUUUUUUAUUUAAUUCUGUAUUUUCUAUCAAAAUAAAUCAAUGAGCGAUUUGGAUAAUACACUAAAUGAAGUCAGCAAAAGUAAAAAAAAAAAAUAAUAAUAAUAAUGAAUCUUAAGCUACGACUGCUUCAAUAAGGCUAGGUUCAUACAGCAGGUCUUAAUGCACGAAUCCGAUUUUUUUCGUGUUUUUCCGACUUGAGUGAGGCAUUAACUUGACAGUCUGAAUGGGAAAAGUCACAUAAAAGCGGACCAUUUCUAAUCCAAUCUAGGUCACUUUUGUAUGUGGUUAUAAUCAGGUCUCGGCCACAUUUUCCCGAAUGGGGCUGCGGUCUGAACUGUCAAGUCCCCCAAAUCGGAAUUCAUGCAGCACUUACGUCAGCAAAAAGCGAGAGAGACGCUAUGGUAGCGGUGCAGCUGUGCAUUAGCGUUAUCGCCUAGUUUGAACGCGGCUUUUGGGGAAGGGGCGGGCUUGACAACAGUCAUAAAAAAAAUAAUAUGGGUUGAGGAUUCUUGAGAAUGCUCGACUUUUUUUUUUCUCUGCUCCAAAUGAGCAAUAUUUUAAGAUUGCUUACACGACCGGGAGUCGGGGAAAACUGUCCGUAUGUGUGUGUGUGCAUCAUAGGGAUGUGACAAUAUAUCGAAAUGGUAAUAUAUCGUGAUACUUUGUAAAAAAAAAAAAAAAAAAAUUAAAAAUUAAAAAUAAACCAACAAGUUGCUACCAAAAUCUUCCACCAUAAUAGUGUCUCAGUUAACGAUAAGGGGGCAUUGACGAUGCACGAUGCCCAAUCCAUUUAGACUGGGAACAUUCGUUCAUUCGAAACCAGAGCAUUCAGUCAUGCUGUCCGAUUUUCAGGGCAUUUACAGGUCACUUGCACUUCAUUUUAGGGCAUUUACAGGUCAUUUCCUGUUGAGUUUGAGUCACUGCCUAUUCAUUUGUGUGAUUCCCAGGUCACUUCCUGUUCUGUAACUCAAAAUAAACAGGAAGUGACCCAUAAAAUACCCCCAAAUCAACAGGAAGUAACUGAACAUCAACAGGUAAAUGACCUUAAAUGGCCCAAAAUUACCUCAUUGCCUGGCAUUGGCUGCCACUAACAGCGAUAGACGUUCAAUCCGUUUGAAGUGGGAGGGAUGGCAGCGAAUGAACGAAUGUUCAUUUGCUGCCAUCUCUCCCAGUUCAAAUGGAUUGGACGUCUACUAGUGAUAAACUCAUUCCAAUUCACAGCAGAAGCUUGUUUUUCUGUUUAUUACCGUAUUGGCCCGAAUAUAAGACGGUGUUUUUUGCAUUGAAAUAAGACUGAAAAAUUCACAGCAGAAGCUUGUUUUUCUGUUUAUUAGUUGUUUGUAGAAUAUCCUAGAAUGAUUUCCUGACCAAUUUAUCGAUAAUCGUUGUAUCGUGAUAUCGUCAGAUCAUCAUUAUCGUGAGCUUUGUAUCGCAAAUCGUAUCGUAUCGUGAGGUACCAAGAGGUUCCCACUCCUAGUGCAUCAUGUGUAUUCAUUUGUUUUGAUGCUCCUGCGCAUGCGGGUCAUUUUGGUGAGCGCAUCUCGGACUGCGAAUUAGUGCGCAUACGUGAUACUUGAAUGGGCUCAAUGGACAAAGGCAGUCUGAACGGGCACGGCAAAACAACAGAUAUGACAAAAAAUUGGAAUUGUGCAUUAAGACCUGCAGUAUGAACCUAGCCUAAAUGAAUAGAAGAGAUACUACAGUCCUUGACAAAAGUCUUGUCGAUUAUCCAUUUUGUUGAAACAAUUGCUAAUAACCUGACUUUUAAUUACUCAUUUGGUUUCAAAUGGCUCAUAUGAAAACUAAGACCCUCCCAAAUGAUGUUGAAUAUACAAAAAUAUAUUUGUUUCACUGAAAAAAG